CUCUCUGAACCGGAGACGCGGCGUCACGGGAAGGAAGAAUCUCCGGCGAUCUGAUCGAGAUGAGUAACAGCGAGCUUCUUUCCGUCGAGCCUCUUGACCUUCAGUUCCCCUUUGAAUUGAGGAAGCAGAUCUCGUGCUCUCUUUACUUGACCAACAAGACCGACAAUCAUGUCGCCUUUAAGGUUAAGACGACGAACCCGAAGAAGUAUUGUGUUAGGCCUAACACCGGAGUUGUUCUUCCACGGUCCACUUGUGAAGUUCUUGUGACCAUGCAAGCUCAAAAGGAGGCUCCUUCCGAUAUGCAAUGCAAGGACAAGUUUCUUCUUCAAGGUGUAACUGCUAGUCCUGGUGUCACUGCCAAGGAUGUUACUCCUGAGAUGUUUAGCAAAGAGGCUGGGUAUCUGGUUGAGGAGACUAAACUGAGAGUUACUUAUGUUGCUCCACCACAACCACCAUCACCUGUUCACGAAGGUUCUGAAGAGGGUUCUUCACCUAGGGCUUCUGUUUCUGAUAACGGCGUACAGGCUUCUGAGUUUUCUUUUCAGAGAUCUAGCGCGGACAAGGUUGAACCUCAACAAAAUACAUCUGAGGCAAGGACUCUCAUCACAAAGCUAACUGAGGAAAAACAGUCUGCUAUUCAACUUAACAACAAACUUCAACGAGAACUGGACCAGUUAAGGCGUGACAGCAAGAGAGGCCAAAGUGGUAUCCCUUUGAUGUACGUUCUUCUGGUCGGGCUAAUCGGUCUAAUUUUGGGAUACAUUAUGAAGAGAACAUAACCACCACCCCCAACUCGAAGUUCUUAGUUCCACACACCACCACGAAGAAAAGAACAAAAAAUGAAACAGACUUUCCUUUGUUAACUCUUUUUUCAUUUCUGUAUUUGACAAUUUCACCUAAAAUAGGUGUGACUCUAGCGGAUUUAUAACUCAGUUUUCUUGGUUUUUGAGCUUUUGUAAUACAGUGACUUCAUUACAUGCUUCUAUGAAUGUCUCACGUCCUAAAAGC